GUGGGAAAAAUGGCAUUCUAUCUGGAACACGUGUUAACUGGCGAUCGGUAUGACUUGACCGAGGGCAUCCAAGUUCUGGGGCGCCACUCCUCUUGCACCUGUGUAUUAAAGUACGACUACAUGUCGCGAUUCCACGCUCUUGUUCGCGUUAAUGGUGGCGACAUUUUCAUCAAGGAGCUGGGAAACAAUAAUGGCGUAUAUCUUAACUAUUGGCCAAUGCGAAUCGGCACGGGUUGGCACGAAAUAGUGGCGGGCGACAUCCUGUACUUUGGGGUACAAUUAGGCAUCGAGCACGAUGGGGAGAUCCCGAAUACGUUCGGAAUAUUCACCGUUAAAUCAUAA